UAAUUAUUUUUUCUAAAUCAGCGCGUCCAAACACACUUUUCAAUAUUUAUUUAUAAUGUACCGAGUUCAGACUUCUCGAUCACUGAAAUAGCUUUCAUCCCUUCACCAAGAAAAAGUUUUCCCUCAAAACAAACAAGGCGUGUGAAUUCGGUUCCUUCAUUGCCACAGCAAGAAACCCUCGUUUGCCGCGAAUUGUUGGCCAUGGCAGAUACGCGAAAGCACACUGCUCUUCUCGUCGUUGACAUGCAGAAAGAUUUCCUGGAUGAGGAUAGGCCGAUUAGCUUAGAGGGAGGCAAAGCAAUAAUUCCAUCUGCUAUCAAGGCAGUUGAGGUGGCUAGGGAGCUGGGCAUCCUUGUAGUUUGGGUUGUUCGGGAGCAUGAUCCACAGGGAAGAGAUGUCGAAGUCUUCCGCAGAAACUUCUACGGUCCUGGGAAAUUAAGCCCAGCCACUAAGGGAAGUGAGGGGGCCGAACUGAUCGAUGGCCUGGCGAUCAAGGAGGGGGAUUAUAAGCUGGUGAAGACGCGUUUCAGUGCCUUCUUUGCUACCCAUCUUCAUUCAUUACUUCAGAGUAACGGCAUUAACAGUGUAGUAGUUGUUGGUGUGCAAACUCCAAACUGCAUUAGGCAGACGGCCUUCGAUGCUGUGUCAUUGGAUUAUCAGUCUGUUACUGUAAUUGUCGAUGCCACCGCUGCUGCCACACCUGACAUUCAUCUUGCCAACAUACUUGACAUGAAAAAUGUGGGAGUUGCAACCCCAACAUUACAAAAAUGGUGCCAGUCCAAUGCUUGAUCUGAAUUUGGCAACUAAAUCAGGAUAUUACUGGUCUAUCGUCAUUGUGUAUGUGUGGGGGUGAUGUACAAGCUGCUUUGCUCUGCGUAUUUGUCUUAAUACUAUGACGUAGAAACUCCUUUGCUUCCUUUUACUCGA